CAAGCCAGCACAAACUGUCCCUCAUCUGAGUCAUGCUGGGAAUUCCUGUCCUAGGCAGAAUGAUGUCAUAAGCUCCUGUAUAUGAGCAGGUCCCAAUCACUGCAUCUGCCAAAACGCACAAUCUGUCUAGUCUACAGCAUCUACGGCAUUAAGAUGUGCCCAGCUGCUAGAUCCUGUUUAUUAGUUCUUCUCACAAUUCUGCCUUGUAUUUGGUGUGAGCAGCCGGUAAACUGCAGGUGGGGACCGUAUGGGGACUGGUCAGAGUGUGACGGCUGUACCAAGACACAAGUUCGAAUGCGCCCCGUAGAAACGUUCCCUCAGUUUGGAGGCAGCUCUUGUACAGGCGAGGCCAUCCAGAGACAACCCUGUUCACCAAAGAAAACCUGCCCCCUACAGGCAGGAUGCAGAAACAGGUUUCGCUGCACAUCUGGUAGGUCACUUCUGUCUGUGAUUUUGAAUUUGUGUGGACAGUUUGCAGUCAGUUUACAGUUUUCAUUGAUUUGUUUAUUUAUAGGUCAGUGCAUCAGUCCAUCUUUGGUGUGCAAUGGAGAUCAUGAUUGUGAAGAUGGUUUAGAUGAGCAGCGCUGUAGUGGCAGUGUCACUUUAGUGUGUAAUGAGCAAAAGCCACCACCCAACUCUGACCUCACAGGAAGAGGGUUUGAUGUGUUGACGGGUGAGCUGAGAGCCGGUGUCAUUAACACUCGUAGCUUUGGUGGGCAGUGCAGGAAAGUCUUUAGUGGGGACCACAGAGAUUUCUACAGACUUCCAUGGAGUCUACUCAGAUAUAGCUUUCAGGUCAGUGUUGAAAAUGAUUUCACUGACGAGUACUAUAACAGUUCCUGGUCCUACAUGAGGCAUGAAGAGGAAAGAAAAAAUAUCAGAGGAGGUCAUGAUCAUAAAACCUUUCAUAACAAAUUGAAACAGGACAAGACUUAUCACCUUCUUAUAAUAAGAAAUGAGGUAGAGGUGGCUCAGUUCCAGAACAAUGCACCUGAGUACCUCUCUCUAUCUGAAGACUUCUGGAAGGAUCUGUCAGCCCUGCCUAGCACAUAUGACCCAUCAGCCUAUAGAUUCUUUAUACAGCGUUACGGCACACACUACAUGGAAGAGGGCUCUCUGGGUGGCCAGUAUCGGGCCCUGCUGGAGCUGGAUGCAAGUUAUAUGAUGGAGAUGAGUAGAACGGAUAUUGAUUUCCAACAGUGUAUUACACGUGUGAAGCGACGGUUCUUCUAUAAAAAGAAAAAAACCAAGUGUACGAAACUAAUGAAGACAAUUGAGAGUUCAAGCGAGAACAGAAAUCAUAAGAUGCCAGUAAAAACAGACAUUAUUGGAGGACAUCCCGCUUAUAUUGCUGGCCUUAGUCUUCUAGAUUUGGAAAACCCUGACAGUAACAAACAGAUGUAUUCCAAAUGGGCUGGAUCAGUGAAGGAGUUCCCUAAAGUAAUAAAACAGAAGCUGCGGCCACUGUAUGAAUUGGUAAAAGAGGUGCCAUGUGCCGGGCUGAAGAAACUCCACCUCAAGAGGGCACUGGAGGCCUAUCUGGAGGAUCAGAGCCCUUGUCACUGCAGACCAUGUCAGAACAAUGGCAUGGCUGUGCUCACUGAUGGUGUGUGCACCUGUGUGUGCAGGCCAGGCACCAGUGGUAAUGCCUGCCAGAAUGGCCAUGUCCUUGGAGAACAACCAGGAGUGAUUGAAGGAGUCUGGAGCUGUUGGUCUGCCUGGAGUAGCUGCUCUCAGAGUCAAAAGUCAAGGACUCGUUUGUGUAAUAAUCCUGCUCCAAGAAAUGGAGGCAGGAAUUGCAUAGGAGAGACGGUAGAGCGUAAAAGCUGUGAGGACUCUGAUUUUGAACACCUCAAAAUGAUGGAGCCACACUGCUUUGAUCCCUCAGUGACACCAGUGAAGACAUGUAAAACUCCACCUCCUUUGAUGAAUGGAUUUGUUUUGGACCCCAAAGACACCUAUCCAGUAGGCAGUAAGAUUGAGUACACCUGCACAGACGGACAUGAACACGUUGGCAAUCCAGUCGCUGAGUGUACAGAGAACCUGACCUGGAGGACAUCGCGCAUGGAGUGCAAAAGUAAAACAGCAUGUGAUCCUCCAGCUGUUCUGAGUAAUGUCAUUGCUACACCCUCAAAACAAGCUUAUCUGAUCGGGGAAAGUGUGGCCCUGUCAUGCCCAAGUGGGAUGCAGAAAGAAGGCGAAGCAGAAAUCAUGUGCCGUCCUGGUCUCAGCUGGUAUCCAACACCUGAGAGUGUCCGAUGCAACCCAGUGGAAGCAGUGCCCACUCAACCAAGCCUGUUUUGCAAACCAUGGGAAAAACCAGCAAAGGGCCAGUGUGUUUGCAAAAUGCCAUAUGAAUGCAUGAAGUCAUUCCAGAUUUGUGGCUCUGUGCGUCCUGGACGCGUGACUAGAAUGAGCAUCUGCCAGCUUGGGGCCUUGCAGUGUCUGGGGCAAACAUUUACUUUGCUACAAGAUAGUGCAUGCAUUUGGCCUGAAACCCAAUUCAAAUCCUGUCAGGACUGCCAUCAGUGGGAGACAUGUGAUGGUUCGAAAUGUGAAUGUAAAGAUCCUGAGGACUGCUCAGAAGACUCCACCCACCUGUGUGUCUCUCUAAUGGGCGGAGCUCCUGAGAUGGUUUCAGAGUGUGAGGCGGGAGCUUGGCGAUGUCAGGGGAAAAACAUCAAAGUACUCAGCAUUGGAGAUUGUCAGGCAUAAACAACUUCUUUCAAUUGCUUGUUGCAACUAAAUGUUUUUUUUUUUUUUUUUGCUUUAAUGUGUAGUAAUAUGUAAUAAUAUAUAUAUAUAUAUAAAUAUUGUAAAUAAGUGCACAUUCAUUAAUAAAAUGCUUCUUAAAUUGUGGGCAAUGUGAUUGACAAGCAGAUCAAAGUCACAUUUACACUUUUCAGUGUAAUCCACAUAAAAAAGGGCUUGUUUUUGUUUGUCUCUGCAUUUGCAGGGAUGGAAGAAAGUAUUUUAAUGUUG